AUGCGUUACAAUUUCGAUGCCAUCACGUGUCCCUCAUGCAAAAAAUUCAAGUGCUAUUUCGGCAAUCAAUGCAAAAUAGAUCGCUAUUCGAGAAAAUCGUGUAAAAAGUGUCGUUUAGACAAAUGUGUCGCUAUGGGAAUGAACAAGGAUUACGUGCUUCUGUCGGACGAGCGAACAAAAACCAGAAAAUCUAACUCAAAAACACCAGAAUAUUCACAAACCACUGCAUCGGCCGACACUACGCAUAGAAUUGACAACAAUAACAAUAAUAACAAGGUAUCAGAUAUUGCGGCAAACUUUAUCGCAUCGGACACUACGGACGAUACGGUACGGGCGCUAAUCACCCAAAACAUGGACACCGCGUAUGAUAUUGUGGCCGAACUGGAACUGUCGGCCGUCGUAACGGACACCGACGAGCUGUCCGUAAAUAACGUUACGCUAACCGCACUGGAAGCGCAACAAUUACGCCAACUGUGCGGCGCAUGCGCUGUGUUUAACGACUAUCUACCGGCACAGGUGUCGGCGAUAGGGGUGCCACCGGUGGUGAUCGAGAUGAAUGUUAGGCACAUCUAUCCGGUGACGAAUCACGUGAUUGAGAAACUGACAGUACGAUUGGUCGAAAUGUUUCGCCAAAUGCCGGAAUUUCGGGAACUUUGCGAAAACGAUAGGAUUUCUCUCAUUAAGUACGGCUGUUAUGAUGUGUUUUGUGUGCGUUCGCUACCCGUCUAUGAUUAUCAUGGUGAUUAUUGGACGUUUACCAUGAGUGACGAUAGACCUGUUAUACUGGGCCUUAAUUGCCUGUUCCCACGCGAUUAUAGUGUCUCUAAGCGUUUGUUUCGCACGCUAUGCCGGGAAUGGGACUCAGACCCGGCGGUUCUCGAUUUGUUAACGGCGAUCACAAUAUUUAAUCCCAAUAGGCUUAAUCUGAUUGAUAGGAGUAUUGUUAAGCGACAUCAACAAUCAUACAUGGAAAAGAUUGGAAAUAUUCCUGCCGAUAAAGUUCCCCAACAGUUGCUGCGCGAGAUAUUUGAAUUAAAGCCUAAGACACAACACACUUAA